CUUUGGUCUCUCUGUGGUCAUCAUAACUCUUCUCUUCUCCUUUCUUUCUUUCUUUCUUUCACUCUCUUCUUCUUCGCCUCUUCUCUCACUGUCGGGUUCCUAUUUGGCGCGAAAAAGUUCUUCUCUUUUCUUUCCUCUGCUUUAUUCUCUGUUCCCUUCACUGACUCUGACAGCUUUUUUUAUUUGUGUGUUACAAAUAAAGAUGAUGAUGAUGCCAGUAAGUGGAACUAGUUUUGUUGCUGGCAUUGAGCUGUGUGAUUCUGAUUCACGCGACAAGCUUAGGAAACGUAUGUGAUCAGAGACCGAAGAAGAGAGAACACAUUAUGAGAAUUACGGAGUUUGGUGCUGUGGGAGAUGGUAAAACGUUGAACACACUUGCUUUUCAGAAUGCUGUCUUCUCUCUUAAGUCUUAUGCCGAUAAAGGUGGUGCUCAGCUUUUUGUUCCUUCCGGACGCUGGCUCACUGGUAGUUUCAAUCUCACUAGUCACAUCACUCUCUUUCUCGACAAAGACGCCGUCAUACUUGCCUCGCAGGAUCCAUCCGAUUGGCAAGUCGUGGAUCCAUUACCGUCGUAUGGACAGGGCGUUGAUCUACCAGGGAGGAGAUACAUGAGUUUGAUAAACGGCCAUAUGCUACAUGAUGUGAUAAUAACAGGUGAUAAUGGUACUAUAGAUGGACAAGGCCUAGUUUGGUGGGAUCGGUAUAACUCUAAUUCUUUAGAGCACAGUCGCCCUCACCUCAUCGAGUUUGUCUCUUCCGAAAAUGUUUUUGUCUCAAAUCUUACGUUCUUGAAUGCUCCGGCUUAUACUAUCCAUUCAGUUUAUUCUAGAAAUGUAUACAUUCAUAAUGUAACAGCUAAUACUUCUCCAGAAUCUCCUUAUACUGUCGGCAUUGUCCCGGAUUCUUCGGAAAAUGUGUGCAUCCAAGAUUCUACCAUCAACAUGGGCUAUGAUGCCAUUUCCCUUAAAAGUGGUUGGGACGAAUACGGUAUUUCGUAUGCAAGACCUACCGCAAAUGUCGAGAUAAGAAAUGUUUACCUUGGAGCAGCUUCUGGUUCCUCCAUUUCCUUUGGUAGUGAAAUGUCUGGUGGCAUAUCUGAUGUUGAGGUUAGCAAUGCACACAUAUACAACUCGUUAACCGGGAUCGCCUUUAGAACAACAAAAGGAAGAGGAGGUUACAUGAAAGAAAUCGACAUUUCCAACAUCCAUAUGGUUAACGUUGGUACAGCAUUUCUAGCCAACGGUAGCUUCGGCACUCAUCCGGAUUCUGGUUUCGACGAAAAUGCUUUCCCGCUCGUGAGUCACAUCAGAUUACAUGACAUUGUUGGAGAAAACAUAAGCAUCGCCGGGGAUUUCUUCGGAACAAAAGAGUCUCCUUUCACCUCGAUCAUCUUAUCGAACAUCUCUCUAUCGAUCAAGAACUCGGAUUCUCCUGCUGAUUCUUGGCAAUGCUCAUACGUUGACGGGUCUUCAGACUCCGUAGUCCCUGAACCGUGCCCCGAGCUAAAGAGUUUCGAUAGUGACUAUGGUAGAGCUGAGGCCUUAUGAGAGAGUCAAAGAAACCUCGGUUCAGCAUGAUUCAUAUUUGUUUCUUUAAGAUAGCUAAAAAAAAAAGGUCAGAUUCUUUUCUUUAUCCCCCCAAAUCAAUAAACCACAGUGUGUAGAAUUCAACCUGUUCCAAAUCACCCCCAUUGUUAUUUGCAGCUUGUGAGAUUAUUAUAUAUCUUGUACAGGUUCAUUUCUUCAUUCAUGUGUAACCAAAGAAAAUUUUGUUUCA